AACACACGACAGUGCCCGACUCAACCAUUUUUACACAGCAACAAAGCUCUCCAUAGAGGUGAAGAAAACCUAAUCAAUGGUUGUUUUAAGCUUCAACACCGAGAUCUCACUGAUUUCUUUUUGAAACUUUGAUUUAUCUCUGAAAACUUGGUUUCAAUCCGAUAACAUGCGGUCAAAAGACAGAAUUUCCUACUUCUACGAUGGGGAUGUUGGUAAUGUUUACUUUGGACCUAAUCAUCCGAUGAAGCCCCCAUCGAUUAUGUAUGACUCAUCAUUUGGUGCUUUCAUAUGAUCUUCACAAGAAGAUGGAAAUCUAUAGGCCUCAUAAGGCAUAUCCAGUUGAGCUAGCUCAAUUUCACUCAGCCGAUUAUGUGGAGUUCUUGCAGCGUAUAAAUCCUGACACACAACAGUUGUUUCCAGAAGAAAUGGCAAAAUUUAAACUUGGAGAAGACUGCCCUGUUUUUGAUGACUUAUUCGAAUUUUGCCAAAUAUAUGCUGGUGGAACAAUCGAUGCUGCACGCAGAUUAAACAAUCAACUCUGUGACAUUGCAAUAAACUGGGCUGGAGGAUUACACCAUGCAAAAAAAUGUGAAGCAUCUGGAUUUUGUUACAUCAAUGACUUGGUUUUGGGAAUCUUGGAGCUUCUUAAAUAUCAUGCAAGAGUUCUUUACAUUGACAUUGAUGUUCAUCAUGGAGAUGGUGUAGAAGAAGCCUUUUAUUUCACUGAUAGAGUGAUGACUGUUAGUUUUCACAAAUAUGGAAAUAUGUUCUUUCCUGGAUCAGGUGAUGUUAAGGAAAUUGGGGAAAGAGAAGGAAAGUUUUAUGCGAUUAAUGUUCCUUUGAAGGAUGGUAUAGAUGAUGGAAGCUUUACUCGAUUGUUUAAAACAAUUAUUGCGAAAGUUGUUGAAACAUAUCAACCAGGUGUAAUAGUUCUCCAAUGUGGAGCAGAUUCACUUGCUGGAGAUCGAUUGGGAUGCUUUAAUCUCUCAAUAGAUGGACAUGCUGAAUGUGUUAGAUUUGUUAAAAAGUUUAAUUUGCCUCUACUGGUAACUGGAGGUGGAGGAUAUACAAAAGAGAAUGUUGCUAGGUGUUGGACUGUUGAAACAGGAGUUCUUUUAGACACAGAGCUUCCUAAUGAGAUCCCAGAUAAUGACUAUAUCAAGUAUUUUGCUCCAGAGUGUUCUUUAAGGAUUCCAACUGGUCAUAUUGAAAAUUUUAAUAGCAAGUCUUAUUUAGGAACUAUAAAGAUGCAAGUUUUGGAAAAUCUACGUUCCAUUCAACAUGCCCCAAGUGUACAAAUGCAAGAGGUUCCACCGGAUUUUUAUAUUCCUGAUUUUGAUGAAGAUGAGAAGAACCCUGAUGAAAGAAACGAUCAACAUACGCAAGACAAGCAUAUCCAACGUGAUGAUGAAUACUAUGAAGGAGAUAAUGACAAUGAUCAUAACAUGGAUGAUGUUUAGUUAGAAUGUUAGAUACUACUACUCACAAUGGACAACAAUUAUUCUAGUAUUUCAUUUUAGGGUAGACUGUAUGUAGAGUAGAUAUUACAAAAAUUAUGCUUCUUUUUAACUAACUGUUUUGGAACACUCACUACAAAGAAAAGAAUCAAUCCACACAAAAUC